AUGCCACAAACAACAGUCAUCCCAAAGGCGCUCCGACCGGGCGGCACCAUUGGCUUCAUCUCGCCCUCAGCGAGGCUGAAUGAAAUAUUCGCAGUGCCAACCGCUCGAGCUAAAGCCGCACUGGAGAACAGGGGCUUCAAAGUGAAGAUCUUUUGGACUCACGAAGACCCGGAGAACACUACGGUACAACAGCACAUCACGCACCGCAAGCAGGAAAUACUUGACGCAUUCGCGGACAAGGAAGUCGAUGCCAUUAUUGCCACUAUUGGCGGACUUACCUGCAGCGAGCUCGUUCCGCACUUCAUAAACGACGAAACUGCUCUUGAGACGCUCAGGAGCAACCCCAAAAUCUUCGUCGGAUACUCAGAUAUCACGACUUUGCAUUGGCUUUUGCACAAGUACACGGGAUUGCGAACUUUCUAUGGCCCAACGGCACUUCCAGAGCUUGGAGAGUUCCCAAAGCCGAUGGAUUUCACAAUUGACAAUCUUAUCCGGACUAUCGUCCAUGAUCCUGCAACUGGGGCCGCUCCACAAGCUAUCGGACCUGUCCCCCGGUCGAUGGAGUGGGCACCGUAUGUCGCGGAUUUUUUCCUGUCACCCAACCCAGCAUCCGAGAAACCGAGCGAGUACGUGCCAACACCUGGUUGGGAAUGGCUACACGGCGGCAAAGUCACGGAUGCCCGCAUCUUUGGCGGCUGCAUCUCCCUCGUGCAAAGACUGCAAGGCAUCCGCCCGAUUGUACCGGACUGGAAGGGACGCGUGCUGUUUCUGGAGGCAUCGCUAGGCGACGAUAAUGUGUCUGGGAUAUCACUAGAAAGAACACGCCAGCAGUUCGCGGACAUUGUGGCACAGGGUGUUGUGGACGAUAUCAAGGGCCUAGUGUUUGGGCGCUUCGCUGGAUAUCGUACCGAAGAACAACGGCAGGUCAUUUCGAAGCUGAUCAGGGAAGUAUUUAUCGAAAAUGAUGCGGUCACUAACGACUUCCCGAUCCUGAUCAACGUGGACAUUGGUCAUACGAGCCCGAUUCUUACAAUACCGAUGGAUGCUCUGGUGAGCUUAGACUCGGAGAAGGACGAGUUUGUAAUUCUAGAAGCUGGCAUCCGUUGA